GUAACCGUUAAAGCGAUUGGUUGGUUCGGUUUUCGGAAAAAAUUAUUUAAGCUAUUUUUUAUGCCUAAAGGAUUACUUAAAAAAAAAUAAAAGUUAAUUCUUUCCACAUUCCAGUAAAAAACAUAAUAACAAUGACACCUCAUGAAAAUAGGGCGUACAUAGAUGAUGAAGGUUUAGAAAGAAGAUAUAAAGAAGUCUCACCUGUACCCAUACGGUAUACAGGGAAUAACACUGUGCAAACUGUAACAGAAUCCGCACAUUCAUCAAAUAGUACAGAAAAUUUGCCCGAGAAACCGAAACAUUUAGAACGUGAUUUGUGGGGAAAAGAAAUUGAAUUUUUGUUGUCAUGUAUAGCAAUGUCAGUUGGCUUAGGAAAUGUGUGGCGUUUUCCAUUUACUGCGUUAGAAAAUGGUGGUGGUGCGUUUUUAAUACCAUACUUGAUUGUAUUAUUCAUAGUAGGAAAACCAAUUUAUUAUAUGGAAAUGAUAAUUGGACAAUUCUCAAGUCGGGGUGCUGCUAAAGUUUAUGAUUUAUGUCCUGCUAUGAGAGGUGUUGGUGUUGGUCAACUAUUUGGUGUAUUUCUUUUAUCAACAUAUUAUGCGUCAUUAAUGAGUAUAAUUUUACAUUAUUUUGUGCAAUCAUUCAUGGAUCCAUUACCAUGGGCUAAAUGCAAUAUAAAUUGGAAAGAACCAUGUUUAAAUUCUUCAGUCGUAAAUGAUGAUGAUAUUAAAACUGAUUUUUUAAUUUCAGUUUAUUCAGUUUCAAAUUCAUUUAACGAAAAUCGCAUAUUUACAAGUUCUGAAUUAUAUUAUCAGAAAGAAGUUUUACAUGAGUAUGAUAAUAUUAAUAAUGGUAUUGGUUUACCAAAUUGGCAACUAGUAAUUGGUUUAUUAGUUUCGUGGAUAUUGAUUUAUGUUGUUAUUGUAAGAGGAGUUAAAAGUUCUGGGAAAGCAUCAUACUUUUUAGCUAUUUUUCCAUACAUAGUUCUUUUAAUUUUAUUAAUAAGAGCUGUAACUUUGCCAGGAUCUGGAGCUGGAAUGUUAUACUUUAUUAAACCGCAGUGGGAUCAAUUGUUAAAUCCAAAGGUAUGGUAUUCAGCUGUUACACAGGUGUUUUUUUCGUUAUCUGUCUGCUUUGGUAACAUAAUCAUGUAUGCUUCUUAUAAUAAAUUUGGUCAUAAUGUCUAUAGGGACGCCACUAUAGUUACACUUCUAGAUACAUUUACAUCUCUUUUAGCCGGAUUUACGAUUUUUGGAAUUCUUGGUCAUCUGGCACACGAAAUUAAUACUGACGAUAUUGGAAGUGUUGUAAAAGGGGGAGCUGGAUUAGCUUUUAUUUCUUAUCCCGAUGCAAUUGCCAAAUUUGAAUAUUUACCCCAAGCUUUUUCGGUUUUAUUUUUUGCAAUGUUAUUUGUACUUGGUGUUGGAAGCAAUAUAGCUAUGACAUCUUGCACAAUGACAGCUAUACGCGACAGAUAUCCAACAUUUAAAACAUGGAAAUGCGCUUUAUUAAUUGCAGUAGUUAGCUUCUGUUGUGGAUUAGUAUAUUUAACACCGGGAGGGCAAUUCAUUUUGAAUUUAGUUGAUUAUUUUGGUGCAUCCAUGAUAUGUUUAGUUUUGGGUAUCAUGGAACUUAUAGUAUUAGGUUGGGUUUAUGGUGUUGACAGGCUUUGCAAAGAUACAGAAUUUAUGAUUGGAAAAAAUCCUGGACUUUAUUGGAGAAUUUGUUGGGGCUUUCUAACACCAGCAAUAAUGCUAGCUAUUUUAAUAUAUACUUUUGCAUCCUAUUCACCAAUUGAAUAUAAAGAUAUCAAAUACCCGGAAUGGGCUUAUGCACUCGGUUGGACAAUUUCUGCUAUUGGAAUUAUGCAAGUACCAAUUUGGAUCGUAGUAGCUGUUAUUAAACAACCCGGUGAAACAUUUCUGGAUAAAUUCAUGGGGUCUUUCAGACCAAAAAGUGAUUGGGGUCCAACUGAUCAUAUAUUAAGGGAACAAUACCAUAAAUUCAUAGCAUUAGACGAGGAAAAUAUUUUUAAAAAUCAAGGCUUUUUGUAUAGUAUUCAAAGAAAUAUUUUUGGAUAAAGUAUAAAUUAUAAAGAUAUUAUAUAUUUAAGCCUAUUUUUGAAAUAACUACUUUUACUAUAAGAAUUAGUUAAGAAAAUAGAUUAGAAAUAAGUUUUGUACACGAAAUACGAGAUAAUUUUAUAAAAAAAUAAUGUGAUGCUAAUAUUCUUCUUAAUUAAUUUUUAAGGUAGGUCAAAAACGCAAAUCUAUGUUUGCAAGUAUGUAAAAAUGCAGAAUAACAUCUUAUGAAAUUUUCGUAUUUUUGAUAUUUAACAAAAAGUUUUGUUUUUCUUAGAAGCCAUUUGACACCCACAUUUUAAAAUGUUAAUUUGAAAAUUAAGAAUAUUGUGAUCUUAAAUCAAAGAUUUGUUAAUUAAAAAUAAUGAUUAUAUAGCAUGUGUAAGAUUUUUCAAAAUGUAGUGUAACAAAAAUAUAGUUGCAUAUAAUAUAUCGCAUUUAUUCUUUACAUAAAAUAUAAUAGUGUGUUCUUUAAUGUAAUAUAAGUUGUCUUGUACACACAUAUUGGUAAUUAAAUUCUUAGGUAAAAUACAUAUGUACUUACAUAUUGUGUAUGGACGUUUUUAAUUUAAAGCAAGUUGUCAAAUAUUUUAAAUACAAAAUAUUAACUACAGAUAACUAUAUGUAUAUGA